UCGCUUUCAGUUUGAAUUGUGUCCUCGUUAAGAAAGGAUAUUCGUUACAUUGUUGUUAAGUUGUUAUUAUAAUUUCACAAACAAACCAACCAACCAACCAAAAGCAAACCGAAAGCCAACUGCUCGCUAAAGAGAAUUCAAAAUAAAAACCGAAAAAAAGCGAAAACCAAAGGAAUCCACUUGCCUUGAGUGCUUUGGGUUCUGUCUGGAAACAUAAUUCCAAAAUAAAAACCAAAUGAACUUUUCGAAAACAAAUUUCAUUGGUCUGUGAUAAGUGAAGGUCAAGCAAAGAGGAAAUUUUUUAUGACAACUAAAAACUAAAAAACUAAAAACCAAACCACAAACAACACGCAGCGGAACAAACGGCAAGGAAAACCACAAAAAAGGCAGCAUUUUCCAAAUUAGCAAAAUUGUAGAAAUUAUUUAAUGCAUCAAAUCGUUUGACCAAACAACAAGCAGCAGCAUCAGCAGCAACAACAGUGCGGUUUCACACAAAAAGGCGGCCAUUAAAAAUAAAUAAAAAGCAAAAACCUAGCCAAAUUAUAAUACAAUUUAUUUAUAUCAUCAACUGCAAGGCGGCAGGCGCACUUCAUUAGGCAACCGAAUCCGAAUCAGAAUCAGAGUCAAAGCGAGCUGCGUUCGACCGCAGAACGUGCAAAUUCCGCACCGCAACAGUAGUAGCACCACUACCACUGCACCACGCCAGCCCUAAAAUGUUGGCCAUGCCCACGCUGAUGAUGCCAGCCACCGCCCAGAUGACGCUCAGCGCCGCCCACGGAAAGCCCUACGAGACAAAGCUGCUGGCCAUCCACCAGACGCACCUGCAGCAGCAGCAGCAGCAACAGGCGCCCGCCCCCCAGCAGCAGCAACAGCAGCAGCAGCAGCAGGUGCAGCAGAUACCCAACGGCAAGCAGCAGCCGCAGCAGAUGACGAUCGUCACCACGCAGCAGCAGCAGCAACAGCAGCAGCAGCAGCAUCCCCAGUCGCAGUCGCCGCACCAGCAGCAGCAGUCGCAACAGCAGGCCGCCGCAGCUGCCGCCGCUGCAGCCGCAGCCGCCCACCAUCAGCAGCAGCAGGCGGUGGCCGCCGCCGUCUGUGCCGCCCAGCAGCAGGCGGUGGUGGUGCAGCAGCAGCAGCAGUACCAGAUCCACUCGCAGCAGCAGUCGCCGCAGCAGCAGGUGCUCUGCAUCUCGCCCAAGCAGGAACAAUUCCACAUCUUUGUCGGCGACUUGAGCUCAGAAAUUGAAACUCAGCAAUUGCGCGAAGCAUUCACACCAUUCGGCGAAAUCUCCGACUGUCGCGUGGUGCGCGAUCCACAAACCUUGAAGUCGAAGGGCUACGGCUUUGUGUCCUUCAUCAAGAAAUCGGAAGCCGAGAGCGCCAUUACGGCCAUGAAUGGCCAGUGGCUUGGCUCCCGUUCAAUUCGCACGAAUUGGGCCACACGGAAACCGCCGGCGAGUAAAGAGAACAUCAAGCCGUUGACCUUCGACGAGGUCUACAAUCAGAGCAGUCCCUCCAAUUGCACCGUUUACGUGGGCGGCGUCAACAGCGCCCUCACCGCCCUCAGCGAGGAGGUCCUUCAGAAGACCUUCGCCCCCUACGGCGCGAUACAGGAGAUCCGCGUCUUCAAGGACAAGGGAUACGCCUUCGUGCGCUUCUCCACCAAGGAGGCGGCCACCCACGCCAUCGUCGGCGUCCACAACACUGAGAUCAACGCCCAGCCCGUGAAGUGUUCGUGGGGCAAGGAGAGCGGUGACCCCAACAACGCGCAGACCAUCGCCACCCAGGCGCUGAACAGUGCCGCCGCCGCUGCCGCCGGCUUCCCCUACGGAGUGGGCGCUGCUGCAGCAGCCGCCGCCUACGGACAGCAGCUGGCCGCCACGGGCUGCUGGUACUCGCCCACGCCCACCUAUCCGGCCUCCUCGGCCACGGCGGCCGCGGUGACCCCGGCGGCGGCCAGUGCAGCCGCUGUGCAGAACCAGUUCCUGCAGGGCAUCCAGGGCUAUCACUUCGGCCAGUACGGCGGCUAUCAGCAGGGAUACAUGGGCAUGGGAGUGCAGAUUCCGGCCACCUGGCAAGGCGUCACCCAGGCGCAGAUCUCACCUGCCCAGCAGCUGGCAACGGGCGUGGCCGGCACAGCCAUUCCACAGGCCGCCGGCGUGGUGGCCUAUCCGAUACAGCAGUUCCAAGUGAGCCCACAGGUUUAUCCUUUACUCUUGCAGGCACAGUAAACGCCAAUCGAAAAUCGAAAAUCCAAUGCAAAAUUUUUAAGUACAGCUGCAAUUUUCUGAACAGAAACAAAACCAAACUGAGCUGUAAAUAAAAUGCGAAGCGCAGAACACACAAAUUGCAAAACAAUUGAUGGCAACUCGAAGUUUGGCGAUGUUAGAGAGCUGCACCCCAGAAACAAAAGCAAGCGCGAAUGCAAAAUCCAAAAUCCCACACCCACAUAAAAGUAUAUAUCUAUAUAUAUAAAACUAGAGCAUAAUUAUCUGUCAACGCCCGUUGAAUAAGCAUCGGGGGAAGCAAACAAUUAUUAUGUAUAUGCAAAAAAAAAGCAAAGAAAGCGAACAUAUUUUUAACCCUAGUUGCUUACACCAUCACACACACAAC